AUGAAACUCGCAGUCACAGUAUUGGCAUCAAUCCUGUUUGCUUGCUCGGUUACUACAGCCACUCCAGUCAAUCCCAGCGCAACUACAAGUGCUGAAGCUAGCACUUCAACAGCUCAACCCACUGAAAUUACAAGUACUGUAUUCGAGGAUCCUGUAUUUUCUUAUGAAGAAGCUACAUCUUUAGUUGAUCUUAGUAAAUUUUCAAAGGAUGAUAUGGAGUUGUUUGAAGGAUACCUACAAACGGAUCAAGAAUAUCAAGAGGCAAAGAAAGCGUGUGACUCGGCCAAAUCUGAAGAGCUCAAUCAAAAAGAAUUGAUAAAACGCCUGCUUGGAGAGAAUUACGAGCUGUUCAUGGAAUAUCCGAACAGGAAUGAUCCAGUGUAUCAAGAAAAAAGAGAAAUAAUUGGACAGAAGAUUGAUGAAGAGGACGAAAAAUUAUUCAGCCUUCAAGAAAAGCUUCAGAAACUCGAUGAGGAUCUUUAUCACGCUGAUCUACUGCUUGAUUCAACCAGAGAAAAACUUGCAAAGCGCCUGUUCAAAAAUAGUCCGAGUACAACAUCACUGCAUUCUCGAAUCGAAUUUCUGGAAUCAAAUCCCAGUUUUAUUGAAGGUAUCUACCAAUCUCUUAUUCUCCGACUAAACAAACAGCCGGGAUCCGAGCAAGCCUCUACUAGUGGAACCCAGAACAAAUCAAAACAUCAUAAAAGUCCAUCAUCAUCAAGCAAAACGUCUACAGUUUCAGUUCAGCCCAUUCAAACAUCAUCCAGUACACAGGCAGCUUUGUCCAGCACACAAAGGACUUCCAGAUCCAAUUCUCGACUUUUUGGUUUGUGGGGAAGUCCCAAAUCUUCUCGUGUAUAUGACACUCCCAAAUCUAAGAAUGAGCUCAAAUCAUUUUUGGAUUCGCCUAAUCCUAACGAUUCAGAUGAAUCAGAUGAUGAAUCAUCCGUUUGA